UUAGGCGAAACUCAUUGUCAGGACCAUGUGGACCAUACCUGGCAUGCCAUUGGCUCUACCUGGAGAAAUUCUGAAUGUCAAGACUGCAGCUGUGGGAGGUGCUGUGAUGGAUUUGCCAGACCCGUUAACAUACCUGAUGACUGCACAAUGGAGUUCGACAAGAAAGAAUGUGAAUACAAGGUGUUCAAGAAGAAUGACCCCACACAGUCAUGCCCAGUUCAUGGCUGGGUGGGGGGAUGAAGUGGUCAAAACGCUAAAAUAAAGCAUUCCCUUGUGUAGUAAGAA